CUUUUCUUUACCUUCAUAACACAGUAAUUACUAUUUAUUACUGUUUUAGUGGCGUUUUGAAUUCCUUUUGAUUCCCCAUGACGCGCUCAACUUCCUCUUCUCCUGUAACAUCGUCAAUAUCCUUUCAAGAUGAUCUCGUAGUUGAAUCCUCUCAAGAAAAUAGUACAGUAUUCAAAGCCAACCCAUUACCAACAUUAUCCACAGGUUAUAACAAUAUUUCACAUAAUCGACGGGUGAUGAAGUCCAAUACAUAUUGCUCACUCUUGGCGCAGAAUCGUCCUCAAGGGGAUAUUGAAUUGGCUACUGAAAUUGGACACGGUUUAUUGGUAGAAGUACAGAAACUGCAAGGCCUCCUUCAAGAAAAGAAUGACUCCCUGACUAGUCUUACAUUGGAAAAAGCAGAUUGUUAUCAAGAAAUCGACCAGCUCAGAAAUCAAUUAAAACAACGUUCAGACCAAUUGGGUAAGUUUCCUUCUCCUUUAUGAAAUUUCUUCCCCCCUUUUUUUUUUUGACUUGAUAUUGCCACAAUAGAAAAAGUUCAUCUUUCUCUUUUGUUUUUUUUUUUCU